AACUUUUUCUUCUCUGUCCUUGUGGGUGAGAGCCAGCAAACCAUCAACGCAGUUAGCCGGUCCAUACUUCACGACAUUAUCGAGAAGCGCCCCGACUUGACUCCGAUAUUCCUGAAGGACGCUUGGAAGCGAGCCAUCGAGUUCCACUGGCAAGACAACACAAAAACUACCAUCGGACACCAGGAGGCGUGGCCCGCACUUACAAACAUCAUCGCCGAGCUCGGCAACCAAGGGAUCCGGUUGUGUCUUUUCAUCGAUGGACUCGACGAGUUCAAGAGGAAAGGGCAUGAUUGGGGGGAUCUAGUUGACCAUCUGCACGACUUAAGCCCCCAGUCAAACCCCCACGUCAAAAUGUGCGCUGCAAGCCGAGCAGAGCCUCCAUUCACAACGCGUCUGACAACGAAGCGAAUCUUUCUGCACGAUGUUACCCGCCAAGAUAUAAUUAGAUUCGCAGAUUGGAGGCUGAAAUCAAUUGAGGACAAGGACGAUAGGCUAUCGUUUGCAAGGAAAAUCGCGGACAAGGCCGAUGGGAUUUUCUUGUGGGCGCAACUCGUCAUU